AUGGUACACACGGAAAUCAAGGAUGUCGUGACGAAGCUACUGGGACAGCAGAAAGAUAUCAUGCUGUUUCAGACUUUCCUGAAGAGUUUCCAAGAUUUUGUUGUUGGGCUAGAGGGCAACGUGAGCCAUGAGAUCGACGAGGAUUGA